CAUGCUAGAGAAAGUUUCAUAAUGUUGCUGUUGAUAUGCAUAAAAUGUGGUUAAACUUUUUUAGGUAAAUGUGACAAGAAGGGGACGAAGCGGUAACAAUUUUAGAUAAAGAAUAUGUUUUUGGUACUUCCCCAGACUGUUCGAUAUGCGUUUGUACGAUCGAGACCAAUAUGUCCGCGGUGCCUUCAACUUCGGCAGCAUGCAUCAUGGCCUUGGUGCGAUACAUCGAGAAAACGACCUAGUUGGAGCAAAGCCGUGUCGGACGCAGAAAAGAUCGUGGGAUAUCCGACGUCGUUCAUGAGCCUAAGGUGUCUGCUUAGCGAUGAAAUUUCCAAUGUUGCGAUGCUUAUGAGGAAAUUAGUUGGAACAAGACAUCCUCUCCUGAAAACUGCAAGAGGUCUUGUUGUGGAUGGAAAAUAUAACAUGCAGACCAGAGGACUCAUUGUACUCCUUAUAUCUAAAUCAGCAGGGGCUGUUCAGAGUGUGUUCCAUAACUCAUCAGAUCCAGAUAUAGUUGAUGGCAUUCACAAAAGUCAGCGGACAUUAGCAGAGAUUACGGAGAUGAUCUACACAGCAAACCUGAUCCAUAAAGGUGUGAUCAACCUCUCGGCCCUCACACCAGAAGAUGGCCCUGCUCAGGACAUGGAGUUUGGAAACAAAAUGGCAGUUCUUAGUGGAGACUUUCUAUUGGCUAGUGCCUGUACAGGAUUAGCAGAACUGAACAAUACAAAGGUUGUUGAAAACAUAUCCUUGGCCAUUGGUAAUCUGAUGGAAUCCGAAUUCACUGACCUGCGAGAUAAGGAUGGAAAACCAGUACUGCCAACAAGUAUUAGGUUUGAUGAUUGGAUGCAACAGACAUUCCUGGCAUCCGGAAGCUUACUGGCCAGAAGUUGUCAGUCAGCCAUGGAACUUUGUAAUCAUGACAAACAGGUCUUACACGCUGCCUUUACCUUUGGGGAAAACAUGGCAUAUGCACACCAGAUGCAGGAGGAUCUGAAACCAUUCCUGAAUCCACAAGAUCAUUUACCUGAAUUAACCCUGACUUCUGCUCCUGUCAUCAAAUAUCUAGAACACAGUCAAACGCCAAUAGACACCUUUAACUUUAAAAAGAUUGUGUCACUAGUGAAGGAGAGCAAGGCAGUAGAGGAAUGUGAACAGCUUUGUUUAGAGUAUGGAGAGAAAGCUAAGGCAGCUUUGAAUGUGUUUCCAAAAUCAGACGCUCAUAAUGCAUUAAUAAAUAUAGUGAAUGCUACUGCUGUCUCGUAACCAGUGUUCUGUGUGAGUGCGUGUGUGGACAAAUGUUUAAGGCUUUCAUUCGGUGUUGUAGAGAUGACGUUUAUCACUAACUGUUUUGAUUGUGAUUCAUUUGUGAUGAUUAUCGGGUAUACUGUUUUCCCAAAGGAGAAUGGUUCUAUUUCAUGUUGCUCUGGACGUAAUUGUCAGAACAGAAAUCUUUAACUUAGUUAAGAACAUGUUAUUUUUGUAUAUGAGUUGAAUGAUCCAGAGAACAAAAUUGCAUAGAUAAUAUGUUGUAACUAAGUUAUUGUAUCAGAUAUCACUAAACAACUUUGGUAAAUGUUAACUGUAACUUGUUUUUGCAAUAUAAUUUUCAGAUUACAUUUGGAUUUUGUCAUUUUGUACACAGUCAUAUUACUGGAUUUCUUGAUGAACAAUCAACUAUCAUUGGGCUUAGAUAUAUAGGUAAGGUAGAGAAACAAUGUUUUUUUUUUGAAAAAAAUACCAUUCCACAAUUCUGAGAUUAAGAAUACAUGACCUGAGAAGCUAAAGUUGGAAGUUUUGUGUUUAGCUCAAUUUCUCAUCGAGCACUUAAAUGUGUAUUCCAAAAUGCAAUAUACU